AUGAGUUUUUAUCGAUUGCCCGGCCUGCUCAGUAUACGCAGCCAUUUACAACGACAAAGCUAUGGACCGCAGCGAUGUUGGAAUUCGACCAGUUCAAGCAAACCCCUUCGCAUCCUUUUCUGCGGAUCAGACGACUUCAGCAUAGCUUCGCUGAACGCGCUCCAUGCGGAACAGCUGCGAGCGCCCCAGUCUAUUGAAUCCAUUGAAGUUGUUUGUCGGCCCGGCAAAAAGGUAGGCAGAGGAUUGAAAGAGAUUCGCGAAGUUCCCAUCAAGGAUGUUGCCACCAGGCUCGGACUCCCAAUACACGAGGUAGACACAUUUACCGGCUGGACACCGCCCAGAAACCCCGUUGACCUGAUCGUCGCCGUCUCAUUUGGACUAUUCGUCCCAUCCAGAUUAUUGGAAGCCGCAAAGUAUGGAGGAAUUAACGUACACCCUUCGCUGCUUCCGGUUUUUCGGGGCCCCGCGCCUUUACAUCACACACUUCUCGCGGGACAAACGCAUACUGGAAUAACUCUACAGACGCUUCAUCAUAAACAAUUUGAUCACGGUGUCAUACUGGAUCAAACACCCGCCCCCGGGUUUCCGAUACCGAACCCUGAAUCAUGUACAGUAUCCGACCUUCUCGCCUUACUUGCGCCCAAGGGAGCUGAAAUGCUGGUAAAAGGCAUUCAGAAUCGGGUCUUUGUACCGCCUUUGAAAGAUGCCGGGUGGCGAGCUACAGCGGACAGAAGCGACAACUUCAAUGCGACCAAGAUAACUCCUGAGGACCGUCAUGUGAAUUGGCAGAACUGGACAUGGGCCGAUAUCAACCGUCGCCAGCGCGUUCUAGGUUCUUUGUGGAGCAAGGCACUUGCUUCUACCAAAUUAUCUAAAGGACAGGAUAGUCCCAGUUACGAGGAGAAAAGGAUCAUCUUUGAGGAAAUCAAAGAGGCUCCAGAUCAUUUCCCAGAGAGUGAACGUCUUGCAUUGCUUCCCGGGGUGCCGUUCAUACGUGGACAAGUUUCAGGUCAAUCGCCUGGAGAGGACAAAGCCCUAUAUGUAUACACUCGGGAUGGCCGACUUUUGCGUCUUGGAAAAAUGAAAGUCGAAGGGGAUAAAACGAAAGACAGCUUAAAUGCUGCUUUCAAAGCUCGCAUGUUCUCUCCAAACACUGUGUCUUUCGAAAACGUCGACUUCAGUUUGUUCUACAACCCUUUAUUUUGA